AAGCUGAAGGACAUCAAUGACAUCCUGAAGUCUGUCUUUCUCAUCUUCCCCCACUUCUGCCUGGGCCGGGGACUCAUUGACAUGGUGAAAAACCAGGCUAUGGCUGAUGCUUUGGAGAGAUUUGGAGAAAAUCGUUUUGUGUCCCCUCUGUCAUGGGACCUGGUGGGAAGGAACCUCUUUGCCAUGGCAGUAGAAGGCGUUGUGUUUUUCCUCAUUACAGUGCUCAUCCAGUACAGGUUCUUCAUCAAACCCAGGCCUGUCUAUGCCAAGCUGCCUCCUGUGAAUGAUGAAGAUGAGGAUGUAACCAGAGAGAGGCAGAGGAUAAUUAGCGGAGGAGGACAGAGUGAUAUUUUGGAAAUCAAGGAGCUAACCAAGAUUUACAGAAUGAAGAGAAAGCCAGCAGUUGACAGGAUCUGUGUUGGAAUCCCCCCUGGAGAGUGCUUUGGACUCCUGGGAGUAAAUGGUGCUGGCAAGUCAUCCACUUUUAAGAUGUUAACUGGUGAUACAGAUGUGACGGGAGGAGAAGCUUUCCUCAAAGGAAACAGGUGAAAGACAAUGCAUUUUCUCUGC